AGGCGCAGCAGUGUCGUGAAGCGUGCCGCCCCAGCAAAAAUGGCUGCGGAGUUGCACCCGCGCAGCGGAAAACUGAUCGGCCUGUCUAACUCGAACCGAACCGCUCAGCGCAACCAACCGGUCCAAGAAUUCAACCAUGGCUUGGUUCUAAGUCGAGAACCGCUAAGGGACCGUGAUGUCUUUACUGUCCGUAUCGACAAGAAGGUGAACUCGUGGAGCGGUUCCAUCGAGAUCGGGGUGACGGCGCUGGACCCAGCGGCCCUGGACUUCCCGAGCAGCGCCACGGGGCUGAAGGGCGGGUCCUGGAUCGUGUCGGGCUGCUCGGUGCUGAAGGACGGGCGCUCGGUGCUGGAGGAGUACGGCCGGGACCUGGACCAGCUGGGCGAGGGCGACCGCGUGGGCAUCCAGCGCAGCGGGCGCGGGGAGCUGCACCUGUGGGUGAACGGGCAGGACUGUGGCGCCGCGGCCAGCGGCCUGCCUGCCCGGCUCUGGGCCGUGGUGGACCUGUACGGGAAGUGCACGCAGGUCACGGUGGUCAGCUGCGAGCCACCGCCCCCCAGCUCCGAAGGGGAGGCCGAAGAGGAAGAGGAGGCGUCCGGCGUCCAGGACGAGAGCACGGCGGGGGCCGCGGCGGCCAUGAGCGCAGCCGCUGUGAACGGAGACGUGGAGGAAGUGGCUGAACUCCCUCGCAGUCAGAGCCGGCCAGACAAAUUCCCAAAUACCUUAGAGCCUGAAACGGUGCUGACAGAGCAUCAGCUUUUCGAUGUGUUCAACAAUGCCAUAGUGAGCCUAUACCGCUCCGAAGAGGAGGGCGGAGGCGAAGGAGGGGGCGGAGGAGGAGGCGGGAUGUCUGAGGGGUCAAGGGGGGGCACGGGGAGCAGCAGCGGAGGGGUCGAGGGGAGCAGUGACAGUGGGGGUGGGGCUGGAGGCGGGGGCGGAGGCAGCACCAACAGCAGCCCGACCGGGGGCGGAGGGGGCAUACCUGGACUGGGGGCGGGGUUAGGCGGAGUGAUGACCAAUGACGCGCUGCUCUUCCACGAGAAGUGCGGCACGCUGAUCAAACUGAGCAACAACAACAAGACGGCGGAGAGGCGGAGACCCCUCGACGAGUUCAACAAUGGGGUGGUCAUGACCAACCGCCCACUGCGCCACAAUGAGAUGUUUGAGAUCCGCAUCGACAAGCUGGUGGAUAAGUGGUCUGGGUCAAUUGAGAUUGGAGUGACAACCCACAACCCUAAUAACCUGGACUACCCUGCAACUAUGACCAACCUACGCUCAGGCACAAUCAUGAUGAGCGGCUGUGGGAUUCUCACCAAUGGAAAGGGGACCCGCCGGGAGUACUGUGAGUUCAGCCUGGAUGAGCUGCAGGAGGGGGACCAUAUAGGCCUGAUGCGGAAGGCCAGCGGAGCUCUUCAUUUCUAUAUAAAUGGAAUUGACCAAGGAGUGGCAGCUGCCCAGACUCCAGGCGUUGUGUAUGGAGUCGUAGACCUCUACGGCAUGGCUGUGAAAGUCACUAUCGUCCACAACCACAACCACAGUGACAGGCUACGGCGGAACAAUGCCAUCAUGAGGGCGCUGUCCCCUGACGUUGGCCGCCCUCGCCCGUCCCUCUCCCUCACCCCUGACCCGGACGCCCUAGACCGCCUCCUCUUCCACCCAAACUGUGGCCAAAAGGCAGCCAUUAUUAGUGAUGGCAGGACUGCUCUGCGCCCACAUGCGACAGACGACUUUAACCACGGGGUGGUUCUGAGCAGCCGGCCGCUGCGCUCCAAUGAGGUGUUCCAAGUGCGCAUCGACAAGAUGGUGGACAAGUGGGCGGGUUCCAUUGAGAUUGGCGUCACCACACACAACCCCGCCUACCUGCAGCUGCCUUCCACCAUGACCAACCUGCGCUCAGGUACCUGGAUGAUGACAGGUAAUGGAGUGAUGCACAACGGAACCACUAUACUUGAUGAGUAUGGACACAACUUGGACAGGCUCAAGGCUGGGGAUACGGUGGGCGUGGUGCGGAAGGAGGACGGCAGCCUCCACUUCUUUGUGAACGGAGUGGCGCAGGGUCCCGCUGCCUGGAACGUGCCUCCCAGCGUCUACGCCGUGGUGGACCUGUACGGGCAGGCUGCCCAGGCCACCAUCAUGGAUGACAUGGCUGAUCUGCCCCCCCUACCUGAGGACAGCUCGGAAGGGCCCACGGCCAUGUCCCCUGGCAGCCCAUGCUCGGUGGGCGGGGGCAACGGUGCCAACGACCUGCGCUUCCACCAGCUCCACGGCACCAACGCGGUCAUCACCAACGGGGGGCGCACUGCCCUGCGCCAGAACUGCCGCAGCGAGUUCAACGAUGCCAUCGUCAUUUCUAACAGGUGCCUGAGAGAUGGAGAGCUAUUUGAAAUUGUCAUUCAGAAGAUGGUGGAUCGUUGGUCAGGAUCAAUAGAGGCAGGGGUGACCGCAAUCAGGCCGGAGGAACUGGAGUUUCCCAACACAAUGACAGACAUUGACUAUGACACGUGGAUGCUGAGCGGGACGGCCAUCAUGCAGGACGGGAACACCAUGCGCAACAACUACGGCUGUGACCUGGACUCCCUGACCACGGGCUCUCGCAUCGGCAUGAUGCGUUCGGCCACCGGCGACCUGCACUACUACAUCAAUGGGGUGGACCAGGGUGUGGCUUGCACUGGGCUGCCACCAGAGGUGUACGCUGUGAUUGAUUUGUAUGGCCAGUGUGUCCAGGUGUCCAUCACCAGUGCCUCCGGGCCACUGGACAACAGCCUGUGUACCAGCAACAUCACAGAAAAGAGCUUUCCCAUCCACUCCCCAGUGGCAGGAGUGGCUCACCGCUUCCAUAGUAAGCACGGUAAGAAUGCGGUGCUGCUGCGGGAGGGCUGCCAGGCAGUGAGGGUGGGCGGAUACGCUCACGGAAUCGUCUUCAGCGCCAAGGAGCUCAAGACCGAUGAGCUCUUUGAGGUGACGAUUGAUGAAGUGGAGGAGCAGUGGUCCGGCUCCCUCCACGUGGGGCUGACCACCCUGCAGCCCACAGACCUGCCGUCCUGCCCCAUGGGCGGCCUCUCGCCCUCUCUGCCCCAGCUGAGGACCAAGGUCACCUGGCUGCUGGCCGGGUCGGAGGUGCGACGCAACGGGGUGCUGCAGAGGCAGAACUACGGCUGCUCCCUGGACCGGCUGGCGGUGAGGAGAGGGGGGGGUGAAGAGAUCGUAGCAAUGACAUCUGAUCGACGGGAGACUGGCUGCUCAUGCUGUGGCAAGGUACCAUGCCGUACUCCCAAUACACUUACACUGUACCAGCUGAGCCAAUGCACCUGCUCACGCACAAACACACACACACACACACACACACACACAAACACACACGCAAACACAUAUGUGCACACUGAAACACAAGCGUGCGUACACACACACACACAAACACGCUCAAAUACGAACACACAUACGCAACUGCACAUGCACAAGCAAAUGCACACACUUACAGGCAGGCAAAUGCACGCAUACACAAAUGCACACACGUGCACAUGUAGGCAAACCCACAAAGACGCACGCACGCAAACGCAAAAGCACACAUGUGCGCACAGACACACGCGAGCAGCCGCUGAGCGUGUUCUCUCUCCUCUGCAGAACGUGUUUGCGGUGCUGGACCUGUACGGCAGGGUGACGGCGGUGUCCAUCGUCAGCUCCACCGUGCUGGAGGACACGGAGAGCACCAAGGCUCCGUCGCUCUCCUCUGAGAGCUGCAGCGAGGGGGAGGACGACAGCACUCCGUGUGAGAAUGAGGCUGCCUUGGUUCCUGCGGCCAUGACGUUCCUGGAGAAUCAUGGGAAGAACAUACAGCUGUCCAAUCAGAAUCUGACCGCUGCCCGGGUGUCCAGCUACAACCAAGGCCUACUGGUCACAGCGCAGCCUCUCUCCCGACAGCAGCUGUUCCAGUUUCAGAUUGACCGCCUUAACCCGUCCUGGACGUCCUCCCUUUCUCUGGGUGUGAUUGGCCACUCCCCCGACCGCCUCAACUUCCCCUCCACGGCCUGCUGUCUGAAGCGCUCCGCCUGGCUGCUGCAGCGAGACUCCGUUUUCCACAAUUCUCUCAAGAUCUGUGAGAACUACGGGCCCAACCUGGACACCUGUCCCGAGGGCACGGUCCUGGGUCUGCUGGUGGACGGGAACAGCUGCCUGCACCUCUACGUCAACGGGAUGGACCAGGGCGUGGCAGCGCAGGACAUCCCCAGCCCCUGUUACCCCCUCAUUGACCUUUACGGCCAGUGUGAGCAGGUUACCAUAGUGACCAACGAUUUGCCAGCGGUGGGAAGGGAGAGUGGAGAAUCCCGUUGCCAGGGUGACAUGGAGAAGGCUGAUAUGGUUGAUGGGAUCAAAGAGAGCGUGUGCUGGACGCCGCCGCCGGAGGUGAACCCCAACAAGACCUGCGAGUACCAGGCACUCUGCUCCCGCUUCAAAGACCUGCUCACUCUGCCCGAUGGCUAUUUUAACGAAGACGCCAAGUACAACCUGUGUUACUGUGAGUCCUGCCACAAGUUGCGGGGGGACGAGGCGUACUACAAGCGCGGGGAGCCCCCCCGGGACUACGCCCUUCCUUUCGGCUGGUGCCGCUUUGCACUCAGGAUCAAGCCCCACUGUGAGGUGUCCAACGCGCUGAAGAAGUGGCACAUCGCCUAUCACGGCACCAGCGUGGGCCACCUGAGGCGCGUCCUGGAUCACAGCCAGCUCCUGUCAGGCACGUCGUCCAUCUUCUCGGUGGCACAGGUGAAGACGGAGAGCCAGAACGGCUACAGCGGGUCCGAGGAGAACAGCGCUCCCGACAGGGAGGUGCCAAGAAUACAGCUGUCUCCCACCAUGCGUUAUUCCGGACUGGAGACCUUCGCCCCCAAAGUGCAAUUCCGAGACCCCCGCUCGCACCGCUAUCACCAAGCGCAGGUAGGCUUCCAAGUGUGCGUUCGGCCGGGCUCCUACAAGGCCGGGCCCCAGACCCUGGGGCUGAGCGAGUCUCUGGACCCCCGCUUCAGCAACACCGAGAUCGAGUGGAUCACCAAGGAGAAGGGCGGCACUCUGCUGUACGGCCUCCUCGUCCGGGUAGAGUGAGGGUCGGGGGGCGGGGUCUGCUCAUGACCGCCCCCCCCCCUCCCCCCCCGGCAGCAGACAAAAAUUCCAAACUUCCCCCGCUCAUCCCCACCCCCAACAUCUGUGACUUUUUUGGAAUUAUCAGCCGGGGAUGGUGUUGAUAAACAAGCAUAGACUUCUCGGUUCUAUUUUGGUUGUUUUUGAAAACUGUUUUUGUGGGGAAGGUGGGGUGGUUUCAGACAGGAGAGACACUGCCUGCACUUUAUGUUUUGGACACAAGUGGGCGAUUUUUAAACUUCUCAUCAAUUUGAUACUCCAUUCACUGCACUUUUCACAUUUCUCUCUCUCUCUCACACACGCACACACACAUUCAUCUCCCACUUCUCUCUUCUCACUUCUGUCCUUCUCCUCUUCUAUUCUCUUCUCUUUGGGAACUCUGUUUCCAAAAACCUGUGAUCUUUUUUUACUUUCAUUCCCAGCCCUUAGUUUGUUCUCUUGGUCUUUUUUUUCAUAACCAUACGACUCCCCGUUUUUUUGUUGGUCUUGUUUUGUGGUUGAGGGCAUAAUUACUGUCCUCUGUGAGAGGGACGAACCCGUAGCCGGGGCAGUGCUGCUCUGGGCUUGCACACCAAACACUACCACCUCCUCCCACUCUCCGCUCAGCACCGUCUGGACUCUGUGCUUUUUUAGAACUCUCUGGGGAAGAAAAAAAACUUUCAAAUGGAAAAAAAAAACUGUUGAAAGAUAACAAGAACAAACAAACAAAAAAAAAAAAGACUUGAAAAUGAAGUUCAAAUCAGGAGGAGACCUGAGAAUUACCACAGGGAGAGGAAGAGAACCCUGAACUGGAGAAAUGUUUACACUGACAUGUCCUGUAAAUGUACGUGGAUCCUCUCCACCUCUCCUCUCCCUCCUUCACUCCAGUCUGUCUUUUUUUUUUUUUUUUUUUUUUUGGUCGGGUUUUUUUUUGUUUGUCUUGAUGCCAGUUUGCUGUCCCCACCCAUUUUAUCAAUGCUGAGCACGUUCACACAAACUGAAUCAUCUGUCUCUCUGAGAAAAAGGAUUUUUAGUGCUGCGUUUGCAGCAGGGCUAAUCAGCUUUCGUCCUGUAGGGUAGGUAAUUCAAUAGGGCCCCUCAGCGCUGGUUCUCAGAGGGCCGUGGUAGCUUAAGGCAAAUCCGGCUGUUGGUCCUGGAGGGCCAAAUUGUCUACGAGAAUCUCAGCUUCUGUAAGGACAGUAAUAUUUUUAGAUUACUACCACUUUCAGAACUGUGGAGAAAGUUCAAUUGGUGCAGCCUAGAUGAUGAUGAGACCAAACUGGCUGCCACAUGUAGCUUUCAUAUAGAGUGGAGAAGCUAGAAACCAAUGACGCUUAAUAGGAGCAUUUUUUCGAGCUGCAACCUCAGAGGGAUGAGAAGCAUGUCAAAUAGUUUUGAUAGCCUUUAGGUUCCUGAAAGGAUACCAUAAUCUUUUUGCAGCAUCGCAUACAUGCAGGCUCCAUCCUGAUGCACUGAAUCACAAUCAAGUGUUACCUUUCUAGUUUGGGCCCUCCUUUAGAAUAAGGGUUAAAGUUCAUUGUCCGUGUUUACCGCACUGCGGUUUGGUCUGGGCUGUCAAAGCGAGGGGGAGGGGGAGGGAGAGGGGGGAAUCCUCUCAGAAACCCUCAAAGAUGUUCCAGGAUCAGUUUGGAAUCAGAUCUGUAGCAUUGCAAGAUGGAUUCCAGAAUCUCUGACCUUCAGUUUAUCCAACCUCUGCAUUCUGUUCGCUUGAAGGGAGAUUUGAGAGGCUUGCGACAAAUAUAGGUGCAACAAGAUAGACAGUCUUGUGUAGUAUUUCAGUAUUAUGGCCGUAUCACACCUCCUGUGUUCCUUAUGUUUACACUGUGGGCUUAUGCUUAAGCCAUUGCUUCCGCUAAACGUUUUGCUCAUUUGUCAUUGCUGCACAGUGAGAUGUGGCUCCAGCCAUUCAGUGGUGUGCCUAGGUGCUGACAUGCAAGGAAUAUAGGGAAAUGGAGUCUAUUAAAUUGUGGCCCUGAUAUGAGAGCUCACAAAGCAGAUACAUUUUUUCUUAAACUUGAGUUCAGUUGUUCUUGUUCACUCAAAUGACAUUUACUGAUAAACAAUACUGACAAAGAGCUUAUCCCGUUCCAAAAGUAUCUGGAAUUUGAAUGACCCACCACUAUCUCCAAAGCAUAUCUUAAUUUAAAAACAGCACUUUUGUGUCUUUCAUUUUGUUUUUGUUGCCAAUUUGAUGUAUAUUGGUAUAUAUUUUCAUGUCAAAUCCCAUGAGUUUGCCAAUAGUUCCUGGGCAAUACCGUUUUCAUCUCAGUCAUGGAGAAGUUGGGUUGUCUGGGUAAUGGAGUUACAUUAGUUGCCUCAAACAGAAUGUGUGCUCUAAUUUAUUGGGGGGGGAGGGGGGGAAAGAGAUAAAAGUGCUUGCAAUGUCCAAUUAAAAUGUGAAAAAGUGGGUUGUUGAUGCCCAGUGCUGCUUUUUUAAAGAAUUAAUUUGUAUUAUUUGUUUUUAUUUUGUUUUUUGUUUCUCUUAUGUUGUACAGACUGUUACAUAACAUAAAUCAUAUCUUCCUGAUUUGUAAAGAACAAAUAGAAAGUAUGCACAUUGUAUGAAA